GCAAAAAAAAGGGAAAUUAUCUUUACCGCUAACAGGUGAAAAGUCAGAUGCUGCCCAUGGAAACUGCGCUCAGGCGACGUCUGCUACUGCUCUGGAUGCUGCAUUUGCUCGCCGAUUCUGCAGCUGCGCUCACCGUGGACAAUCAGCUGGUCUCAGCGCGAAAUGAUUGCUUUGAGCGCAUCGCUUUGGAGGCAAUGCUGCCAUUUGAGAAGACCUUCCGCACCGAAGACACCAACUCGCUGAAGAUGUGCAAGGAGAAGUGCUUGCAGGCGGGCGAGAAGUGUCAGGCGAUCUCGUUCGGUGUUCAUCGACGCGGAAACGGCACAUGUCAAUUGUCGUCGGAGCAGUAUGGCGGCGGGAGCGGGCGACCAGGUGGCGUCAUUUUCGAUCCCGACUUUGAUCUGUAUGCGCGCAAAACGAAUUGCUUCGAUUUGAGCGACAAUCAGCUCGACGGCGCAUCGAGUCCGAUCAGUACGGGCGUAACGCCCGUGAAUUUGCCCAAUCGUCCGAUCGAUGUGGGCAAUACGCCAGUGCUGGUCGUGAAUCCCACACCUCAUACCAAUCAUCCGGAUAUGCCGCCACAGCCACCGCCAGUGCCGCCCUCAGGACCACCGCCUGGCGUCGGCGAUCGUCUAUAUUUCUCGCAUGAAAUCUAUCCGCUGUACAAAUAUCCCACGCUCUACGAGCACAACUAUCCGGCGCCCAAUGAGGAGGUCUACAUACCGGGUGGCUAUGCCGCCAAUGUGCCCGAGGUGGAUGAGCGUUACAGACCGUCGUAUGGGCCACAGGAUGACGAUGGCAUACGGCCUACGCCCCACGGGCCACCACGUCCCAUUUUUGGACUGGGCUAUGGCAAUGGCUAUAGCUAUGGCACACCGGAACGUUAUGCGCCCACGACUCUGCGACCUGCUUCCGGUGAGCGACCCAGCUAUGCGCCUAGACCGGACUAUGCCAACGACAGACCAGACUAUACGCGUCCACCGCCCCCACCCCCGCGCCCUUAUGACAGCUCCACACCACCAGCUUACGGGUCACGGCCCACGGCCAGCUAUGAUCGUGAUACAAGACCCACCGGUAGCUAUGACGGGAAUCGUGAACCAAGACCCACAACUAGUUAUGAUGGACAUCGAGAACCACGUCCGGACUACACUAAUCGACCCGAUCCACCACCGCAUGUAACACACGAUGGCGGCUAUGGAAUGGGACCUGUGACUGGACCAGGCCCUAGCCCUGGACCUGGCUCUUCAGCUCGCCCGCCUGUUUACGAUAGGCCCCCAGCUCAACCGCCGAGAGAUGAUUAUGUGCGUCGCAAUGGCAGCGCUAUGCGUCCAGAUGGUUACUACGAUGAUGAUAAGACCAUAGCGACCUAUUUCAAUCCCGGGGACUAUAUGCAUAACAAUAAAAAGCCAACCAUGCCAAUGCCCGGUGACAGAGAUCGAGAUCGUUAUCCUAUGGAUGAAAUGAAUGCCUGCUUCCGGCGUGUGCUGGCUGGCAAGCGCAUAGCACCGCACUGGAUACGCCGUUCCAUAUCCUGUGAACGUGUCGAGGACUGCAUGCGCGAGUGCGGGCACGAGAAGCGUUUCAUGUGCGAGGGCUUCAACUAUCGUCUGGAUCCGUCGGGGCAUGGGCAAGGCGACUGUGAGCUGAUUGAGAUACCGUUGUCUCAAAUGGAUUUGUAUUCGAGCGCCAAUCGAAGGGAUUCGAAUCUGCUGCGACAUCCGGACUAUGAUUAUUAUGAACGGGAUCGUAAUGCGCCCAGCAGCUGUCGACGUAAUGUCUGCCAGGACUGCUCCAAGGGACCCAUUAGCAGCAAUCCCAUUUACUUCAAGCCCAGCAGCAGCGGCGGCGGCAGCUAUGGCGAUAGAGAUAGGGACCGCGAUCAUUAUCGUCCUCCUCCUUCACAUAGCACUGCUGUGGAUCAUUAUCGCGGUCCUUCGGCUCCAUCUAGCGGCUCCUACGAGCAUCGACCUCCAUUCCCCACGGACUAUCACAGCUCACAUUCCUCCAGCUCCUCGUCGUCUUCAUAUGAGUUCUCCUCGCAUGGCUCAGGCUCCACUUCGGGCUCUGGCUACUUCGGUCACACGCCGCCCAGCAGCUAUGGUGAUCAUUCGCGUCCCGAUUACAUAGAUCGUCAUGAUUAUGGUCGACCGGAGCCGCCUCCACGCUAUAGACCCGAUCGCUGGGAAACGCUGCCCAGCAGCUCGGGCUACGACAGCUCGGCUUAUCGACCGCCACGUCCCGAAACGGAUCGCAUAGACAAAUACCGCCCAUCGUAUCGCCCCAGCCAGGAUUAUUCACCCUAUCGCCCACACGAGCCAAGUCGGCCGGGUCCACCGGCCACGGGACCCGCUCACAACUACCUAGAUCGCGAUGGUCCCUCGGGGUCGUCCUACAAAAAGCCCAGUAAAUUUGUGCCCUAUUUGAUUGGGGCCGAGGAGAGCUAUGGCGGUGGCUAUGGAAGCAAGCAAAGCUCCUAUUACGAGUCACAGCGUCGCAAGGAUCAACACGAUUUCAACUACUUUGAAUUGGGCUCAACGCAUCGCGAGCCUCCUCGGGAAUCGAAUGCAGUGCUACGUUAUCCCGGCUCCAGCUACGAUCACGAUUAUCCCAGAUUACGCAACGAUUACAGAAAGCAAUGGACGAGGCGACCUGGACCGGAUGAAUGCUCUGCUAAGACCAGCGAGGGCUUCCGCUUGCACAAGACAGCCGUGAAGCAUGCCUUCAAUGUGCCCACGCUCACAGAAUGCGAGCGCUUGUGCUCGGAUCAGCGUCCCAGCUUCAUCUGUCACACGUUUAGCUAUCGCUACAAUCAGGCGGGUCGCGACAAUUGUAUGCUGUGCGACAGACCCGUCAACAUGCUCGACUACUAUGUGGAUAUAGAGCCGGACAGGGACUACGAUAUAUACUCUAUGGCCGAUGAUAUGGAUGUGUGCAGGCAGCCAUCGCCACAGCCGCCACGACGCAGCGAUGGACCUGGCACAGCGCUCUCCGAUCCACGAAAUGCACAAUGUUUCUUCCGUGCAAUCGAUGCCACACGCUUCUUCAAAUCAAUUGUUCGCGACUCGCUGACAGUGCGCACUGUGGGCGAAUGCGAGAUGGAGUGCAUACGCUCCAGUAAAUUUACGUGUCGCGCCUUCGCCUUCCGCUAUGGCCAGCAGCGACACGCGGGCGUCAUUGACAAUUGCCAGCUGAGUGAUUGGCCAGUGCGGGACAUGGACAAGGAACGGCAUCUAAUACUAGAUGCUGCAUUCGACAUCUUCGAGCGUGCGAGCUAUGGACAUGGCUGUGAAAUACAGCCCAUAGUAGAUGAGAAGCAUAAGAAAUUAUGCUACCUGGGCUAUGGCUCGCCGGCGCGUUUACUACCUCCAGCUAUAAAGAAGGUGAUCACGGCACCCUCGGAAAUGGCCUGCAAAAAGGAGUGCAUACACCUGCGUGAGACCACGCAAUUCAAGUGCUAUGCCUUUAGCUAUGGCUCGCAGUCCAGCUCGUUUAACUGCGAAAUGUCUGAUCUAGAUCAAACGGAGCUCAAGCUCGAUGUGCACUAUAGGCACACCAAGGAGCGAGAUUAUUGGCUCUUUGCUUGGAAUCCAUUUGAUUGGACUUGCCGGGACAAGGUGAACACGAUCGGUGGUUCACGUGUCAAUAAUGAUCGACGCAUGGAUAUAUUCCGGGAACCGGGCGAUGUCGCUUGGCGUCAUUAUACAGUAACUGGAAAGCCCUGCCGCAGGAGCAGUCCCUGCGAGAAGAAUCUAUUAACCGGUUUCUACUCCUGCGAAACGGACGGCACAGAGAUUGGCGCCUGGGACUAUUGCUGCAAGACGGAUCAUCCAUGUGGCUAUAGUCGCGGCUUUGACUACGCCUGGUGCUUUGUGGGCGAUGAGUCGGAUCAGUGGCGCAAGUGCAGCGAUCGUUAUUAUCCCGGUGCCAAUAAUAGUACCAAGCCCGCUACACACUCCAGCUUGUCCAAGCAAAAGCCAAAGCCACACCAGCUGCAGGCAACAUCGGCUAGCAGUGAAUACACACAGCAUCCGCCGCGGCCUGGUGGUCUGCAGAGUCUCAGCGAUUUCGCAGCGGCCCGUUUAUGGCCUGUCACUUAUCUGUACAGCGAGGGGCCGCCAAAUGCUACGGAGUUUAGUAAUUUUGUUGAUUGCAACAAGGAGACGUGUUAAGCUUAGCACGCGACAAGCCUAAUUAAGUAGUUCCCAUAAGAAACGACUCCUACUCCGCCCCCCGCCACCCCGUCCCUCUUCUCUUAGUUCU